UGUUUUGACUGGAAGUACAUCUUGAAUCAAUAUGUGACCUAUGAAUCGUUAUUAUAUUUUAUAGGUAAUACCUAAAUAUUAACCUUGAAGUUAUUUUCUCUAGAUGUUGGGCAGUGCAUGGGAGGAAGGCAUGACUAUUGAAGUUUACUUAUCUAUGUACACAUUUAAGCAGUUCCUGGUCUUAAUAAUCAUACAAGCGAGGUAAUCAGUAACACAAACUUCGUAAAACUAUCCUAAUCCACAUGCUGACAUUGCUGACGUCGAUCACGAUCAAAUAGUGACAUCAUCUACUGGUAUUGUCGCCAUUUAUAAAUACUGUCAGGACUAUAACACAUGUCCAGUCCAAACCUUAGUGUCUUGACACUAUGUCGGCAAUACUACUCGUGGUAAUAGUGACUCUAGUUAUCCUCCUAUUAGCAGCUAUAUUUGGUCUGUACCAAAAAAACUACAAUGUCCUCUGCAAGUCGAAGAAACGACUCGAUGGGAGAACUGUUCUCAUCACAGGAGGAACAUCAGGAAUGGGGAUUGAAAUAGCUACAGACCUUGCAGCGAGAGGAGCUCGGGUCAUUAUCGCAUGCCCUUUUAGAGAAGAAGGUGAAAGGGCAAGGGAAGCCAUUGUUGAAGAAUCAGGGAAUGACAAUGUUGUGUUCAAACUAUUAGAUUUAGCGUGUUUAGAUUCAGUUAGGAAAUUCGCUGCAAAUAUUCUGAAUACAGAACAAAGGUUGGAUCGAUUGCUAAACAACGCAGGAGUUGGGAUCCCAGGAGACUUUCAGACAGCCGAUGGGCUAAACUUCAUCAUGCAAGUGAACUACUUUGGACAUUUCCUACUAACUCUACUUCUGCUACCCCUUCUAAGAAAAACGGGAACGCCUACAGAAAAAAGCAGAAUAAUAAAUACGUCAUCAAUUUUGCACAGGAUCGGGAGAGUUGAUAUCGAAAACAUGAAUAAGGUAGGACACUACUGGUCUAAAAUCCAGAUUUAUGGCAACAGCAAAAUCUGCUUGGUGUUAUUUUCAAGAGAACUGACGAGGAGAUUGAAAGAGAUUGAAGCUAAUGUGGUAAUCAACAGCUUAGACCCAGGAGCGGUUGGGACUAGAAUAUUCGACCAAUGCGGUUGGAUGAGGGGGCAUCUGAUAACUUUCUUCUAUGGAUGGUUUUGUAAGAGUCCGUUUGAAGGUGCCCAGACUGCUAUCCACAUGGCUUUGGAUGACAAGGCUGGUAAUGUGAGUGGAGAAUUUUUCAAAGACUGUGAUUUAUAUCCGGCUGCUGGAUCAGCCUGUAAUGAUGUGACGGCUAAGGAACUCUGGGACGCUUCUGUUCGCCUUGUGAAUAUGUCAGAUGACGAAAUACGUCAAUCUUUUAAACCGUUGUAGAUAAGUGUUCGAUAACUUUGUACUUUUAUAUUAUUUGUUUUAUUUUUAAUAAUAAGUAGGAUUUUUAAAUAAAAUAUAAUAAAUGA